CAACGCACCAGGCGCAGUUUUCCCUCGUUGUGUCUCGCGGCGUCGCUGACGUCCAGAUGAAACAUUUUUAUUGCAUUGAGAAUUUAUAAUACGAGACCUAACAACGGCGACAGACACAGGACGAGGCCUUUGCUGAUUUGGGUUACUUUCGUUGUCCUGCAGGACAUCAAGCAGGAUAGGAUGUUCAACAAGUCAUUUGGGACACCUUUUGGUGGGGGGACAGGAGGCUUUGGUACCUCAUCCACUUUUGGGCAGCAAAACACAGGGUUUGGUACGUCGGGCGGUUUUGGUACUUCAGCUUUUGGGGCAAACACCAACACUGGCGGCCUUUUUGGAACCACACAAAACAAACCAGUUACUGCAGGUGGUCUUUUUGGAUCGACCACAUUCAGCCAGCCUGCCACCUCAUCCACCAACACAGGCUUUGGCUUUGGUACCGCCGGUGGGACGUCCACAAGCCUUUUUGGAAACACAGCCACUGGCACGAGCACUGGACUCUUCUCACAGCCCAGCAAUGCUUUCGGAGCCAACAAACCUAACACCUUUGGAAGUUUUGGCACCAGUACUAGUACCGGUGGCCUGUUUGGGUCGACUAAUACCACAGCCAAUCCAUUUGGUGGCACAAACUCUUUAUUUGGUGGUUCUGGGUUCUCUGCUACUCAGCAGCCUGGAACAACAGUGAAGUUCAAUGCUCCAACAGGAAGUGAUACGAUGGUCAAAGCAGGCGUGACCAGCAGCAUCAACACCAAACACCAGUGUAUCACUGCUAUGAAGGAAUAUGAAAAUAAGUCGCUAGAGGAGCUGCGGCUGGAGGACUACCAGGCUGGCCGCAAGGGACCCACCAACCAGAUGGUGGCAGGAACAGGGGGUCUCUUUGGUGGUGCCGCAGCUACGUCCAGCACCACCACUGGACUGUUCGGGUCAUCAGCUUCUAAUACCAGUUUUUCAUUCGGGCAGAACAAGACCACUUUUGGCUCUGCUGGUACUGGUGGCUUCAACGCCACGGCAGGAGGACUUUUUGGUCAACCUGCUCAACAGAAUGCUGGAAGUCUCUUCAAGCCUUUUGGUCAGCCAACGACAACUCAGAGUUCAGGGUUCUCUUUUGGGAACAACAGCACGCUGGGUCAGACCAGCUCCAGCACCAUGGGUUUAUUUGGGAACACUGCAGCGACGCAGUCAGCAGGAUUGUUUGGUGCAGCGCAGACGAGCGCCGCUGCUACAGGUUUUGGCACCACCACUGGGCUGUUUGGUCAGCCGAGUGGAGGAUUUGGAAAUGUAGGAACACAGCAGAAUUUGUUUGGAAACAAGACGGCAGGCUUCGGCACUACUACCACCAGUGCUCCAUCCUUUGGCACUGGAACAGGACUGUUUGGCAACAAACCUACAUUAACACUUGGGACAGGAACAAACCAGUCCACCUUUGGUUUUGGCACCAACCCUGCUGGAGGAACCUUGUUUGGGAACAAGCCUGCCACUGGAGGAUUAGGAACAGGCCUUGGGACCGGUUUUGGUACGGCUCUGGGAACUGGCCAGACAUCUCUCUUUGGAAACAACCAAAACAAACUGGGGUCCACACUGGGAACGAUGGGAACUUUCGGCACAUCUGGCUUCAACAGCGGAACCAGCAGCUUGGGUUUCGUGAAUCCUCAGCAACCAGUUGCUCUGGCAGAUCCUGGAGCCUCAGCAGCCCAACAGGCCGUACUGCAGAGGCAACUUAGCAUGCUUGCCUUUUCGCCGUAUGGAGACUCGCCAUUGUUUAGGAACCCUCUCUCAGACCCGAAGAAGAAGGAGGAGCGCCUGAAACCAACCAAUCCUACGGCUCAGAAAGCUCUGACGACACCAACUCACUACAAGCUGACCCCUCGACCCGCUACAAGAGUCCGCCCAAAAGCGCUGACAUCAUUGAGUGGCUCCAAAUCUCAGCUGUUUGACUGCCUGGACGACGAUGAGCCAUCACUUAUUAACGGAUCGUUUGUGCCACGGAAGAGCAUCAAGAAAUUAGUUCUGAAAAACCUGAACAAAAGUCAGUACAGCAGCCCACUGAGCAAGGAGGCUGACACUGAACUCUCCUCUCCUCCAGAGUAUCCACACAACGGACACAGCCAUUUGGUGGACGACGAUGAGGUUAGGGAAGUUACAGUCUCCAGUGGUCAACCUGACGAGGACCCAGAAGUGACUCAGUUCUAUGUGAACCCCAUUGCGAAGCCGAUCCCCCAGGGCCGCCUCCAGACGAGCCUACAAGACACCAUCAGUGAGCUGAACAUGCACAAGUCUUCCAGAAGUGGUCUUGAGCUGAGCAGCGAGGACGUGUCCGCGUCUGUUGGGGAAGAAUCUCUGCAGGAGGAGCCGCUGGAGUCUUUGCCACCUCAUCCAGCAGGAAUUGUUCUUAAUCGUGCUGGCUACUUUACCAUCCCGUCCCUGGACGAGUUGGCUGAGCUAAUGGAUGACAACGGCGAGUGUGUGGUAGAAAACUUCACCAUCGGCCGCAAAGGCUAUGGUUCUGUCUUCUUCCCUGGGGUGAUCAAUGUGACCGGACUCAACCUGGAUGAGAUUGUCCACUUCAGACGAAAAGAAGUCAUUGUUUAUCCAGAUGACAAGAAUAAGCCGCCAGAGGGAGAGGGUCUGAACAGGAGGGCUGAGGUGACCCUGGAUGGUGUUUGGCCGAAUGAUAAAACUACUUGUCUCCAAAUUCGGAGUCCUGAACGCCUCACAGAAAUGGCAUAUGAAAGUCGGCUUGAGAGAGCUUCCCGGCGUCAGGGUGCACGCUUCCUGGAGUACCGACCUGAGACUGGUUCCUGGGUUUUUGAGGUGGCGCACUUCUCCAAAUAUGGGCUCCAGGACUCUGAUGAGGACGAUGAUGUUCCCUUACAAGCAGACCCCAAAAAGCUGAAGACCAUGUCUCUCCCUGUGACGAAACCUCUGCAACAGUCCCAGCUUUCCCAGCAGCAGGUUGCGCCACCAGCUCAGUCGGUUGGAGAGCUCCCAGCCGCCGUGGUGGAGUUGGACAGUGACAUGGCAGACAUUACCCAGAGUUUCACAGCAGAGUGCCUGCAGGGAGAGGAAGGAGAGGAGGAGCCACUGGACUCCAUGGGAGGGAAGCUUGAGAGCCAGAUGCUGACAGACAACGGCAUCUCGGCCUCCAGCCACUUCGCCUCCUCACUGGGAAUCAACCCCCACACCCUCCAGAUCAUGAAGGCGUCUCUGUUCGCAGAGGAUGAGGAAGAUGACUAUGUAUUGAAAGAUUACAGUGGAUUGAAGAUCUCUGAUGCUCCGUCACCACAAAUUGCUGCCCCCUUCGCUCAGACAAGACAGUCCCUUGGGGGUCUCUUACAGUCUCGCUUUACAGCUGGGAUUUCGAACUCUCCUCGUUCCCCGACCCCUCAGUCUCGUGCGUCUCCAUGGGUCGACACCCGCUCCCUGAUGUGGCCAGCAGCCCCAGCUCCUUCCUUCCUGCUGCCUACGAAGCCAGCAGAGCCUGCAAUUAGGACUGUGGGGGCACGACGUCUAGGCGGUCCCGUCCCCCACAAAGCAUCAGUGACAUGGGGAAAGGGCAAUUUGCUGAUGGACAGUGGUCUGUUUUCUGGACGGUCCUUCAGGGUCGGCUGGGGCCCCGGCUGGACCUUGGUGCACUGUGGACAGCCUCUGGCUACGUCCUCCACCAAAGACUUUGAUGUCCCAGAUGCUGGGAGCCAGAUGGACUUCAGCUUCCUGCCCAAACCAGUGAAGACUAAACCCUUGAAGGACAGCCCGUUCAAGGUCCUGGUAGAGCGUCUUGAGCCUCCAGGAGGGAGGGCUGCUACUGAGAAUGUCCCUGCAGUACUACAACGCCCUCUAGAGAUUUGUUUGAAGCAUAGCACCAUUACAGCUCCCGACUGUUCGGCUUGUCCGCUGGUUCAACCGAAGCCCGGUGUGGCAGCACUACAUGAAUAUGCCCAGUGGAUUACCCAGCUCUGCGAUGAACAGGACGAUCUUUUGUUGGGUCACUGGGCCCAAAUCUGGACUCUUUGCGAAGCCCUCUGGGGUCGUCUGGGGUCCGUUGGCCAGGAGUCGGACUCUGAGACGUGCAGCGAGUACGAACAGCAACUGGAGAGGAGGCGCAGCUUCUCAGCCUGGCUGUCACGCAGCACCACCUGCAGGGUGGAGAAGGAAGUGGCGCUGGCAGGGAAGGGCCACCACACCGACGGCGUCUUCAGCUACCUGACAGGAAACCGGAUCAGUGAGGCCUGUCGCCUGGCCCAGCAGGAAGGAGACCACCGUCUGUCCCUGUUACUGUCUCAAGUCAUGGGCUCUCAGUACUGCAGGGACCUACUUGCUCUGCAGCUGGCUGACUGGAACCGCCUGCAGACAGACAGCUACCUGACAGAGGAGAGGCUGCGCAUCUUCGCACUGCUGGCUGGGAAACCUGUGUGGACAUCGUCAGACUCGGUGGUCAACGUGUGUUCUCAGUUGGACUGGAAGCGCUGCGUCGCUGUGCACCUGUGGUUCAUGCUCCCGCCCACUGCAUCAGUGGCCGACGCCCUCACCAGAUACGAGGAGGCAUUCCAGGGGUCAUGUGACAGUGGGAAAUACGCCUGUGCCCCCCUGCCGCCGUACAUGGAGGCUAAUCAGCUGCAGGAGGACGAGGAAGACGAGUCUGUGCAGCCCCUCUAUGAUCUGUGCUACCACCUGCUGAAACUCUACAGCGACAGACACUACAGCUUGCAGCAGCUUCUGGACCCACUGACCAUCACUGGGGACCGUUUGGAUCACCGUCUCAGCUGGCACCUUUGGGGUGUUUUACAGUCUCUUCACUACACCCACCUGAGCGUUUCGGGACAAGGACUCAUCCACUCUGGCUACGCAGCUCAGCUGGAGAGCGCAGGCCUGUGGCACCUGGCCAUCUUUGUAUUGCUGCAUAUCCCUGACCACGCGCAGCGCGAGCGCUCUGUCCGAGACAUGCUGAACCUUCACUGCCCCCUGCAAGACUCGGAAGAGUCUGUGUCUCGGGAGCAAUUCCUGGUGGAGCAACUGAUGAUCCCUGAGUGCUGGAUCCACGAGUCCAAGGCCACUCGGGCGCAUCGUAACGGAGACCACCGUCAGGAGGCUCUGCAUCUGUACAAGGCUGGUUUCUGGAACCAGUGCCAUCGUCUCCUGAUGCAGCACCUGGCUGCAGACUGCAUCAUCAACGACGACCACAACUUCCUCCUGGAGUUCCUCGAGGGUCUUGCGUUCCCAGAGCGUAGCGCCACCAUCCAGGACUGGGACACGUCAGGCAGGGUGUACUUGGACUAUAUCUGGGUCAACAAGACGUUACAAGAUGUCCAGCAGCUGGAAUCAUCCGGUUAUAAACUUGAGCGCCUUCACAACGACGUGACUUCCCUAUGUGGCAGGAUUGAGUUGCUGCCCUGCAACUCGGUCCGCGACCGCCUUGCCCAGUCAGAGAUGGCCAAGCGAGUGUCGAAUAUUUUACGAGUGGUCCUGAGUCUGCAGCAGGGUGACUCCGCCCCCAAAGCCCUCGACGUGCCCUUGGUUCAGCUGGCGCCACACAUCAGCCGCCUACCAAUGCCCGAGGACUAUACGCUGGAGGAGUUGCGAGGACUGACACAGGCGUACCUGAGGCAGCUGGUCCUCAUCGAGUCGCACUCCCAAAAUUUGACGGGGGCAUCAGCGAGUCAGACUUCUGUGUUGCUGGAUGUGUAGAAUAUACAAUACAUUUUUGGCUGAAUGAAAAGAACAACAGUUUUAAAAGGCUGACCUUUACAAUUCAGGCUGGGAUCAGAGGACACCACUUUGAUAUGGUCCCUUUUUACAGAAGAAAAACCAAGAUUGGUCUAUUUUUCGAGGCAUGUGUGUCUGUUAUGCAUUUACUUUAAAAUAAAUCGUUGAAAACAGGUCUUUUGUAAUUUCUCCAAAUGUAAUUUUUUAUCAUCGCUGUACAAACCAUUGUCAAAGAAGACACUUCUUUAUUUCUUCAGAUUUGACUGUCAAAGUUUAAUAAAGUAUUUGUAAGAAAAUGUCUUUCACUUCUAUUGGAAGUACCACUGUGAUAAUGUGAAGUAUUGUCUCACAAUUUUGAACAGAU